UACGCCGACGGGUCGGCAGUCAUGGUAGCCGUCCCUGUUUUCAAGAUAUUCUUCAUCGCGAACGCGAUCGCGCUUUUCACGUCGCUGGCGGUUGUUCUCGUGCAGAUUACGAUUGUUCGGGGUGAGAUAAAGUCGGAGAGAAGGGUGGUUGAAGUGAUUAAUAAGUUGAUGUGGUUGGCGUCGGUUUGUACGACGGUUGCGUUUAUGUCGUCGUCUUAUAUUGUUGUGGGGCGUCAUCAUAGGUGGGCUGCUAUUGUGGUUACUUGUGUUGGAAGUUUUAUCAUGGUUAGUGUGCUUGGUUCGAUGACUUAUUAUGUUUGUAAAUCGAAAAGGUAUCGAAAGAUUAGGAAGAGGGAAAAGUUGUCGAAGAAUGGUGGAAUGAAUUCGUGGAGGCACUCGGAUUUGUCGGAUUCUGAUCAUGUAAAUCCAAUUUAUGCUAUUUGAUUGAUUUUGUAAGUAUGGAAAUUGGUCUCUCAUUUGAAAAGGAAACAAUAUUAAGAUUAAUUGAUUCA